AUGUUUCGCAAGAAGAAAAAGAAGCGACCUGAGAUCUCUGCUCCUCAGAAUUUUGAGCAUCGUGUACACACAUCCUUUGAUCCAAAGGAAGGGAAGUUUAUUGGCUUGCCACCUCAAUGGCAAAAUAUUUUGGACACUCUGAAACGCCCCAAACCUGUUGUAGACCCUUCAAGGAUCACCCGGGUGCAGCUUCAGCCUAUGAAGACGGUUGUGCGAGCCAGCACAUUUGAAGUGGAAGGAUAUAUCUCUGGAAUACUCAAUGACAUCCAGAAGCUCUCCCUCAUCAGUUCUAACACCCUGAGGGGUAAGAGCCCUACUAGCAGGAGAAGAGCCCAGUCGCUAGGACUUCUAGGAGAAGAUGAACCAACUGACAUAUAUCUACACUGCGCUGAACCAGACUGGGCAGACAAGUAUGGAAACUACCUCAACUGCAACGGCGGAAGUAAAUCGUCUAGAAGGCAGACCUUAUGGCCUGAUUACAAGCCCAUGUUGGACGGGCAGGCUCAUUCCAACAGCCUAGUCAUGAAAGCUCAAUCUCUUGACCCUUCAGAGUUCCAAGGGGCAAAUAGCCACUUUGCCCCACUCUCAUCAGGUUUUCAGCACCAGCAAUACGUUCCUGUUCCUGAGGUAAACAGAGAAAAUGCGGUAGCAAGAAGAAACUCCGAAGAGAACUACGCUCAGCCCUGCCAUGGGAGCCAAGCUAAUUUGAGGCCACCUGGAGAAGGUAGUCCUGGCUCUAAAUCAAGGGAAAACAGUUUGAAGCGGAGGCUGUUGCGAACUGUGUUCCCGUCAUCCAACCCUUCAAAUAAGACUGGAAACAACCCACAGAUAAAGCCAAACCCCUUCUUCAGGGCACCCCAGCACUGGAGUUCACCGCUCAGUCCUGCAGCCAAAUCCCAGUCUCUUCCCUCUGACCAGCCUGUGCCUGAUUAUGCUAGGAUUUCAGAAGCUGGUGAUACCCCUCACAAGUCCCCAACAAUUGAACAUAGAAUUGGCUUGCCUCAAGGUAGGCCAUCGCCAGCAGGGUCCCCACGGAACAGACACACCCAAACCAGCUCCAGCAACCUUCACCUUCCCCUGGAUGCUAAAGCACAGCCAACCAGCGAGGAUCCAGCGGUGGUAACUCAUGAGCAGUUCAAAGCUGCAUUGAGGAUGGUGGUGGAUCAAGGAGAUCCUAGGACAAUGCUAGAAAGCUACGUCAAGAUCGGUGAAGGAUCUACGGGUAUUGUCUGUAUUGCUCGUGAGAAGCAUUCUGGAAGGCAGGUAGCAGUGAAGAUGAUGGAUUUACGAAAGCAGCAACGACGAGAACUCCUUUUUAAUGAGGUCGUGAUAAUGAGGGACUAUCAGCAUGACAACGUCGUGGAGAUGUAUAAAAGCUAUCUUGUAGGUGAUGAGCUUUGGGUGCUGAUGGAAUUUCUCCAAGGAGGAGCUCUUACAGACAUUCUCUCUCAAAUCAGACUGAAUGAAGAGCAAAUUGCUACAGUAUGUGAGUCAGUCUUGCAGGCACUCGCCUACCUGCAUUCCCAAGGUGUGAUUCAUAGAGACAUUAAGAGUGACUCCAUUCUCUUGACUCUUGACGGAAGGGUGAAGCUCUCUGAUUUUGGCUUUUGUGCACAAAUCAGCAAGGAUGUACCAAAACGGAAAUCCUUAGUAGGAACACCAUAUUGGAUGGCUCCGGAAGUUAUUUCGAGGUCUCCAUACACCACUGAGGUAGACAUCUGGUCUUUGGGAAUCAUGGUAAUUGAAAUGAUUGAUGGGGAGCCUCCCUAUUUCAGUGAUUCUCCAGUCCAAGCAAUGAAGCGGCUCCGUGACAGCCCUCCUCCCAAAUUGAAAAACUCUCAUAAGACCUCUCCAGUUUUAAGGGAUUUCCUGGAACGAAUGUUGACACGAGAUCCUUUAGAGCGAGCAACAGCACAAGAACUCCUGGAUCACCCUUUUUUGCUUCAGACUGGACUUCCAGAAUGCCUCGUGCCCCUUAUUCAGCGAUACAGGAAACGCACCUCUACCUGCUGAUUCUGAACCUGAAUCUAGCAUUGAAGUGCAACCUUUUUCCUAGAAAUUCUUACUUGAUUAGGA